UUAUCUUUCAAAUUAAUGGCAACUGAUAGUACUUAAGAAAAUAAUUUUAUUCAUUUAUGUAACAACAUCUAAUUACAAUAUUCAAUUCAAUUCCAUAUACAAUUAUACAAAUUCAAUAUGUUUGUGAUUUCGACAACAUCAAAAUUUAACCUUUAAAAAAAUGAGUGAAAUUGACAGAUCUGGAAGUUUCCUUCAUCUAGGAGAUAUUGUAUCUCUAUAUGCUGAAGGAAAUGUUAGUGGUUUUCUUAGUACUUUAGGGUUAGUUGAUGAUCGUACUGUGGUAUCUCCGGAGGCUGGAGAUUUACAAAAUCCGCCAAAAAAGUUUCGGGAUUGCCUGUUUAAAAUAUGUCCUAUGAACAGAUAUUCGGCUCAAAAACAAUUUUGGAAAGCUGCAAAACAAAGUGCAAACUCAAACACGGACACGACUUUAUUGAAACGUUUACAUCAUGCAGCCGAAAUAGAAAAGAAACAGAAUGAUAGUGAAAAUAAAAAGUUAUUAGGCUCGUUUGUACAAUAUGGCAGUGUGGUACAAUUAUUACACUUAAAAUCAAAUAAAUACAUGACUGUGAAUAAACGAUUACCUGCAUUAUUAGAACGUAAUGCAAUGCGUGUAUACUUAGAUGCGAAUGGUAAUGAAGGCUCUUGGUUCUACAUUCUACCUUUCUACAAGUUACGUGCCAAUGGUGAUAAUGUUGUUUUGGGCGAUAAAGUUAUAUUGAAUCCAGUCAAUGCUGGCCAACAAGUCUUACAUGUUGCUGCUAAUUAUGAACUAGCAGAUAAUCCGGGUUGUAAGGAAGUUAAUGUUGUCAAUGCAAGUACAUCGUGGAAAGUCACGCUGUUUAUGGAACAUCGUGAAAAUGCUGACGAAAUUUUAAAAGGAGGUGAUGUUGUACGACUUUUCCAUGCCGAACAAGAGAAAUUUCUUACUAUGGAUGAAUAUAAAAAAAGACAACAUGUGUUUUUAAGAACGACCGGUAGAACAAGUGCGACUGCUGCUACUUCGAGUAAAGCGUUGUGGGAGGUUGAGGUAGUCCAACAUGAUCCGUGUCGUGGCGGCGCUGGACAUUGGAAUUCGUUAUUUCGAUUUAAGCAUUUAGCUACUGGACAAUAUUUGGCCGCAGAAAUUGAUAUUGUUGCAGCCAUAGCAAUUUCGUCAUCAUCACCCAUCGCUGCAGCAAAAAUUAGUGUGAUUGUAUAGUGUGUGGAGUAUGGAAUUUGUGACCGGCUUAACUGAUUAUUUUAUGAAUUUAUUAACAAUUUUCUCUUCGUUGAUCUAGAAUCAACUGGAAGCAACACAGUUUAUCAUUUGGUAUCGGUAAUGCAUGGUCAUGACAUCGCUUCCUUGUUUGAGUUAGACCCAACAACUAUAACACGUGCUGACUCAUUAGUACCGCAAUCGAGCUAUGUACGAUUACAUCAUUUUUGUACAAAUACAUGGGUACACUCAACAUCCAUUCCUAUCGAUAAAGAUGAAGAGAAACCAGUUAUGUCAAAAGUUGGUUGUGCAACAACAAAAGAAGACAAAGAGGCAUUUGCAUUAAUUUCUGUAUCACCUAGUGAAGUACGUGAUUUAGAUUUUGCAAACGAUGCAUGCAAAGUGUUGUCGGCAAUGUCUACAAAAUUGGAACAAGGUACAAUUUCACAUAAUGAAAGGCGAGCAUUAACAGCUUUACUUCAGGAUAUUGUGUACUUCAUAGCUGAAAUGGAAAAUAAUCAAAAUAAAUUUGAAGCAUUAGACUUAAGCAUAACCAAUCCUAACCGUGAUAGACAAAAAUUAUUACGAGAACAAUCAAUUUUAAAACAGUUAUUUAAAUUACUUCAGGGUCCAUUUUUAGAGAGUUCGACUGGAGAAUCAUCAUUUUUAAAAGUGGAAGAGUUAAAUGAUCCUAGGCAUGCACCAUACAAAUAUAUUUUUAGAUUGUGUUAUCGAAUAUUGAGAUUAAGCCAACAAGAUUACCGUAAAAAUCAAGAAUAUAUUGCAAAACAUUUUGGAUUUAUGCAAAAACAAAUUGGCUACGAUAUAUUAGCUGAGGAUACUAUCACUGCACUGUUACAUAAUAAUAGAAAAUUAUUAGAAAAGCAUAUUACAGCAAAUGAAAUAGAAACGUUUGUUGGCUUAGUGAGAAAAAAUAUGUCUAAUUGGGAGUCAAGAUUUUUAGAUUAUUUAUCGGAUCUUUGUAUAUCGAAUAAAAAAGCAAUUGCUGUUACGCAAGAGUUAAUAUGCAAAAGUGUGUUGAGUCAAAAAAAUGCUGAUAUUUUAAUUGAAACCAAAAUGGUAAAGAUAAUAAGUGAUACUUUUGAAAAUGGCGAAGCUGAUGUUGAAGUUAUAGAAGAAAAUGAUCAUGACCCUGGUUUAAUGGAACCACUUUAUCCCGAUGAGUACGAAGUCAUUGUGAGUUGGAAUAACGGACAAACAUCUAUGUCCUUGUUAGAAUUAUGUAGAGGUGCUAAAUUAGGAAUUCCGCGUAAUGUUGCCAUACAAGAUUAUUAUCGACAUCAGUUAAAUUUAUUCUCAAAUAUGUGUUUGAAUCGUCAAUAUUUAGCACUCAAUAAUUUAUCACCUCAUUUGGAUAUUGACCUAAUUUUGAAGUGUAUGGCAGACGAAAAUGUUUCGUAUGGUCUUCGUGCAUCAUUUUGUAGACUGAUGUUACACUUGCAUGUAGAUCGAGAUCCACAAGAACCAGUUACGCCGGUCAAAUAUGCACGUUUAUGGUCUGAAAUUCCUUCUAAAAUGUCAAUUCAUGAUUAUGACAGUAACAAGACACCAGAUUCAAACAAAGAAGCUGUCCGUGCUAAAUUUAGCACAACAAUCAUUUUUGUAGAGGAUUAUUUAUGCAAUAUUGUAGCAACAAAAUGGUCAUAUGUUGAGCAAAAUAAGUUAACAUUUGAGGUAGUCAAAUUAGCAAGAGAUUUAAUCUAUUUUGGGUUCUAUAGCUUCAGUGAUUUACUACGUCUUACAAUGACACUUUUAAGUAUACUUGAUUGUGUAUCUGAAAAUGAUUACGAAGACAGUUUGCUUCCAACUUCAGAUAUUGAUUCAGACGGAGGUGUCUUACGAUCAAUAGGUGACAUGGGCGCUGUGGUAACAUCUCUUACGUUGGGCUUUGUAGGUCGAACCAAUACCAAAUCAGCUGGAAUUCAUACCAAGAUCAAUGCACAAAUGCGUGAAUAUCCUUUAGUUAUGGAUACUAAAUUAAAAAUUAUUGAAAUUCUGCAGUUUAUUUUGGACGUUCGAUUAGAUUAUCGAAUUAGCUGCCUUUUAAGUAUUUUUAAAAGAGAAUUUGAUGAAACUGAAAAAGCAUCACCAGAAGAACAUUUUGUUUUUGGUCAGAAAAAUAUCGACUUAGAAGUGAUUGGAAGUCAAGCUGAAGGUAUAUUUGGAAGCAGUGAAGAAUGUGCGGCAUUGGACUUAGAUGGGCAAGGUGGUCGAACGUUUUUGAGAGUGUUAUUACAUUUGGCAAUGCAUGAUUAUCCACUUUUGGUAUCUGGUUCCUUACAUCUGCUAUUCAGACAUUUUAGUCAAAGGCAAGAAGUUCUACAAGCAUUUAAACAAGUUCAACUGUUGGUAUCUGACACCGACGUGGAAUCUUACAAACAGAUCAAAUCAGAUUUAGAUGUGUUGAGACAAUCCGUUGAGAAAUCAGAAUUGUGGGUUUUAAAAUUAAAAGGAUCUGAGGAAUUAAACUCUACGGACAAGAAGGGUUCAGCUAUUGAUUUAGAUGUUGGAACACCGUUGCAUCCAGAACAAGCAGAAGAAUAUCGUAAAAUUCAAAAGAUUUUAAUACGAAUGAAUCAGUUGUGUACGCAAGGUGGACAAAUGCCUCGGCCACGCAAACAUGAGCAGCGGUUGCUACGUAAUGUUGGUGUACAUACAGUGGUAUUGGAUUUAUUACAAAUACCGUACGAUGAAAAAGAAGAUAUACGUAUGAAUGAGUUAAUGAGAUUGGCACAUGAAUUCUUGCAAAAUUUUUGUUUGGGCAAUCACCAGAAUCAAGUGUUACUUCAUAAGCAUCUAGAUUUAUUUUUGAAUCCAGGUAUUCGAGAAGCUCAAACUGUUUGUGCGAUAUUUCAAGAUAAUUCAGCGUUAUGUAAUGAAGUCAAUGAAAAAGUCAUUCAACAUUUUGUACAUUGUAUAGAGACACAUGGGCGUCACGUACAAUACCUUAAAUUUUUACAAACAAUUGUCAAGGCUGAAAAUCAAUUUAUACGAAAAUGUCAGGAUAUGGUUAUGCAAGAAUUAGUGAAUGCUGGCGAAGAAGUACUUAUUUUUUAUAAUGAUAAAGCAUCAUUUAAUCAUUUUGUGGAAAUGAUGCGACGUGAAAGACAUUCCAUGGAUGAAAGUAGCCCAUUAAGAUAUCAUGUGGAACUAGUUAAACUAUUGGCAUGUUGCACAAUGGGUAAAAACGUUUACACUGAAAUUAAAUGCCAUAGUUUAUUACCAUUAGAUGAUAUUGUAGCAAUGGUUUCACAUCCUGAUUGUAUUCCUGAGGUAAAAGAAGCAUAUGUUGGAUUUUUAAAUCAUUGUUACAUCGAUACUGAAGUUGAAAUGAAAGAAAUUUAUACAUCGAAUCAUAUGUGGAGUUUAUUUGAGAAAUCAUUUCUAGUUGAUAUGGCUUUAGUUGCUACAAAUUUGGUUGAUCGCAAGCAUGCAGAUAAAGCGCUUGAAAAUUAUGUUACAAAUGGACUCAUGAAUAUUAUAUCAACAUUUUUUAGCAGUCCGUUUUCUGAUCAAAGCACCACAGUUCAAACUAGACAACCAAUGUUUGUUCAACUUCUUCAAGGAGCUUUUCGAGUCUCACAAUGUUCUUGGCUUACUCCUUCACAGCGAUUUAACGUGGAGAAUUGUAUCCGCACUUUAUCUGAUGUCGCUAAAGGUCGAGGUAUAGCAAUACCCAUUGAUUUGGAAACUCAAGUAACUGGGAUGUUCAGCAAAGCUUCGUUGUUAUCCAAGCAAACCAGCAAAUGGCUUUUAGCAUCAAAGACACCAAAAAUUGAACGAUCGCAAUCACAGAUAAUUCGUUUAGAUCGAAGCAUUAUCGAAGGUUUACAAGACAUUGUGUCGUUAUUGGAAGAACAAUUAAAACCACUAGUAUUAGCCGAAUUAUCGUUAUUGGUAGAUGUUCUUUACAGACCAGAGUUGUUAUUUCCCAAUGCCACUGAACCUAGAAAACGAUGUGAGAAUGGUGGAUUUAUACGUAAACUAAUUAAACAUACUGAAAAGUUGCUAGAAGAAAAAGAAGAAAAACUAUGUGUGAAAGUUUUAUGCACACUUAGAGAGAUGAUGGUCAUUGAUAAUGAAUAUGGCGAAAAGGGGGAUCAACUACGUAACAUAUUGUUGGAACGAUAUUUUGGAAAAACCUUUCUAACUAACCCAGAUGUUGUCGAAUUGGGUAAUUGUCCUGUUGUAUCAAUAACGCAUGGCCCAGGAGCUAAAAUACUGAAUCGUGCAGGUCGAACGUUACAUGAAGUACAAUGCCAUUUGGAUCGUGAAGGAGCAUCGGAUUUGGUAGUGGAGCUUGUUAUUAAAUCAAUUCAUUCGCCCUCAAUAUUUAAUGAGCUAGUAUCGGUCGGUAUUGCCCUAUUGGAAGGUGGUAAUCCAAUUAUUCAAAAAAGUAUGUUUAAUAAACUGGUUGCUGGUGAUUUAAGUCAAGUCUUUUUUAAGGUAUUUUAUGAUAAGAUGUGUGAUGCACGAAUUGAGAUCAAGUCAACAGUUAGUGUUAAUACUUCCGAGCUUGCAGCCAAAGCAUAUGAAGAUAAAACAGAAGGUAAAGAUUUCCAUAAAGCCAACAGACGACAUGGAUUUAAAUCAAAUGGUUUGGCGAUUUCUGAACAGAUGCGAACUGAACUACGGCAAGCUGGUCUUGCAACCUCACAAGCGUAUUCGGCUGCAGCAAUUGAAGGAUGUGAAUCAGGUGUAACUCGUCAAGGUGAAACCAUCGUAUCAAAUCAAGUUGCUGGUCCUGGUGGUACAGUAUUUGUAGAUGAUUUGUAUGUGACGACAGAUAAAAGUGAGAAUAAAAUAUAUGAUGAUUCAGCUGAUUUAGAGAAUCGACUAUCACCUAAAGUACUCAUUAUGCAACCAAUUCUACGAUUUCUUCAAUUAUUAUGUGAAAAUCAUAAUCCCGAUUUACAAAAUUUACUACGAAAUCAAAACAAUAAAACAAAUUAUAAUCUGGUAUCGGAAACAUUAUUAUUUUUGGAUUGUAUAUGUGGCUCAACAACCGGUGGCUUAGGACUUCUUGGACUUUAUAUCAAUGAAAAUAAUGUUGCGUUAAUCAAUCAAACAUUGGAAACAUUAACAGAAUACUGCCAGGGUCCAUGCCACGAAAAUCAAAACUGUAUAGCUACACACGAAUCAAAUGGAUUAGAUAUAAUAACUGCGUUAAUUCUAAACGAUAUAAAUCCACUCGGAAAAACGAGAAUGGAUCUAGUUUUGGAAUUGAAAAAUAAUGCAUCCAAAUUAUUAUUAGCCAUCAUGGAAAGUCGUGGAGAUGGUGAAAACGCUGAACGUAUAUUAUAUAAUAUGAAUCCAAAACAGUUGGUAGAUGUAGCAUGCAGGGCUUAUCAUCAAGAUAUUUUAGAGGACGGAGAGGAUACUGAUAGUGAGGUGGGAACACAUAACGAAGAUGAUGUAUCACCAAAGGAAGUAGGCCAUAAUAUUUAUAUAUUGUGCCACCAAUUAGCUCAACAUAAUAAAGAAUUAGCAACGCUACUAAAGUCACCUGAGACACCGUUAAACGAUUCCAAAACUAAUCAUGCUUUAUUGUAUUAUGCAACGCACACAGCUCAGAUUGAAAUUGUUCGACACGACAGGACUUUAGAACAAAUUGUAUUUCCAAUCCCUGAAAUAUGUGAAUAUAUUACUUCUGACACCAAAACAAAAAUAUUUCAUACUGUGGAAAGAGAUGACCAAGGAUCUAAAGUAUCAGACUUCUUUGACAGAACAGAACAAAUGUUUAAUGAAAUGAAGUGGCAAAAAAAAUUACGAGGGCAACCGCUGUUGUUUUGGGUUAGUAGUUACAUGUCGUAUUGGAGUAACAUUUUAUUUAAUUGUGCAGUUCUUAUUAAUUUAAUCGUUGCAUUUUUCUACCCUUUUGUCGAUUCUAUACCUAAGCUAAGUUCGCAUUUAUCAUGUUUAAUAUGGGCAGUAUUGUUAAUAUCUGCAGCCAUUGUAAUUACAUUACCUAGAGAACCUGGUAUAAGAACUCUUGUAGCGUCAACGAUAUUACGGCUUAUAUUUUCAAUAGGUCCAGAGCCAACGUUAUGGUUGUUAGGUACUUUAACUGUUUUGUUGAAAGGUAUUCAUUUGGUUAGUAUAAUGGGUAAUCAAGGUACCCUAACCAAAACGUUAAAUGAAAUAGUGAUCGAUGCUGAAUUAUGGUAUCACUUAAGUUAUUUAAUAUUUUGUGUACUUGGACUUUUUAUGCAUCCCUUCUUUUAUUCAGUUUUGUUAUUCGAUGUUGUAUAUAGAGAAGAAACUCUAUUGAAUGUAAUUCGAUCUGUAACUCGUAAUGGCAGAUCAAUUAUUUUAACAGCGGUGUUGGCCCUAAUUUUAGUCUAUAUGUUUUCGAUUAUUGGUUACAUGUUCUUUAAGGACGACUUCUUAGUGACAGUCGAUGAAGAGACCAUUAGUAACGUACCUUGUAAUAGUUCAAAGUUAAAAUUACUAAUUUUUAUAAUUGCAGCAUCAGAGACUAAUCAAAAUGACGUAGGAUAUUGUCGUUUAACGAAUGGUGAAAGUUCUAGUGAUAAAAAAGAGAGAGCUUGCGACUCAUUGUUAAUGUGUAUAGUAACAACAAUGAAUCAGGGUCUACGAAAUGGAGGAGGUAUUGGAGAUAUUCUUCGUGCUCCUAGUAGCAAUGAAGCGUUGUUUGUACCAAGAGUUAUUUAUGAUCUGUUAUUCUUCUUCAUAGUUAUUAUUAUUGUUUUGAAUUUAAUUUUUGGUGUCAUUAUUGAUACAUUUGCUGACCUUAGAUCUGAAAAACAACAGAAGGAAUUGAUACUGAAAAAUACUUGUUUUAUUUGUGGACUGAAUCGUUCAGCAUUUGAUAACAAAACUGUGAGCUUUGAAGAGCACAUCAAAUGUGAACAUAAUAUGUGGCACUAUUUGUAUUUUAUUGUUUUGGUUAAAGUCAAAGAUCCAACAGAAUUCACUGGACCAGAAAGUUAUGUAUACGCAAUGGUCAAGGAUUCAAAUUUGGAUUGGUUUCCAAGAUUACGUGCAAUGUCUUUGGCUGUAUUAGAAGGUGAAGGUGAACAAGUCGAAUUCCGUAGUUUACAUGCUCAACUUGAACAAACACAAACUUUAGUGACACAUUUAUCACAGCAAUUAAUGGAAUUAAAAGAUCAAAUGACAGAGCAACGUAAACAAAAGCAACGUAUGGGUCUUUUAAAUUCUGCACCACAAUUUACACAAUCAUUAAAUGUACCACCCGCAUCUAUUAUCAAUAAUUAUCAAAUUCAAUAAAAUUUAUUGAAUUUGGAACGUUCUUUAUACAGUAAUCAGUAACCUUCGAAUCAUAAGAAUUGUUAAACAGUCCCUUAAACAUACCUUUUAAGUUUCUUUAAUUAAUUUAUACAAUCAAAUUUAUACUAUAACAUUGUUUAUAAAGUUGGCAUGCACGAAAUUUAUAAUA